AUGAAUCGAGUCAGUCAGAAAAUUGGAAAGAAGCCUCAUCAUAAGCAACAACCUAUAUCUCCCGAAUUCCUUGCGACGCCUGUAGAAACAGGUCACUCCUGGCUUCAAGUGGGGUGCUUCGAAUGCAUGAGUCAUGAUCCUGAGGUGACGGGGGUCGUAGAAUGCUGUACACUGUCAGGUGCUCGUACCAUAUUCAAUUCUAGCGAACUGAAAUUUUUUGGACGAGUAACAGACCUGGACCGCUGCGUAGAACUCGCCAGUCUAUCGGAUGGAGUCGCUGCAUUAUUUUUAAUGGCCCCUAUUACUCUCUACGGGGGCAAUGGGGCGGCCUCAUUCAAAGGGAGUCGCUACCAUUCGAGUCAGGCUGCUCAAUUUCUAGCCAUGAUUCCUCCACUGAGUCACCAGUGGCAACUCGGUCACAGUGUCGAUGAACAGUUUGAGAAUCCUGAGAGUACUACUAACAGCGGCGGGUCUCCAGAAAUGACUCUCGGUGACUUGGACUCUGAGGAAGAUUACAGUAUCACGGAAAGCACGUACUUUGACACUUCCACAAUGCAGGCCCUGGACAAUUCAGACUGGCAGCAGUUGCAGUGGUGGACAAGCUUAAUGGAGUCACCACUGCCGCAGGAAGCUGAUCAGGAUGAUGACUUCUCGUCCAUGGCGCUAGCACAUCCCAACUAUGCACAUUUUUACAGAGAAACCGGGCAAUCUCAGCCUACCUCCUACUCUCAGGCUUCCCAGUCAGGUGGAUUUGAUUGGGAUGCUGAAAUAGCAGCAACAGAGUCGUAUUACAACCAGACUGGUUUUGUCGACACACCUGUGGCAGCAACCAGUGGAGGUCACCUUGCCCACGACUCAGAGAUGCCGCAGGCUUCGGGAAGUUCACAGAGAGACGGUCGUGAGAUGAACUCCCAUCUAUCUACCACACGCUUCGAUCCUCCACUGCGAUCAAAUCGAUAUAUGCCUUAUUCCAUCCCAUCUAGGUCUCUUCGACCUCGUGCUAGCCCGAUCCAUGAUCAGGGUGACAUGAAUGAGGGGUCUUCUUACUCUCUGAUGUCCACCACACCCAUUCCUACCGCGAUAACACUACCGCAGCUUGUCACGGUGAUACCUCAGAUCCUACUGCCACCUGUGGCACCUCAGGUCCUACCACCGCCUGUCGUACCUCCUGUAGCACCACCAGCACCCACCGACAUCAUAUUUGGUCCCGAAGUUUUGUCGCAGGUGCAGUCGCGGUCCUGGGAACUUAUGAAGACACAGGUAGUCCAAGAUUCCUUCUUGAUGCUAUCGAGCACCAGUAUAACCUUAGCACGACAAAGUCUCGACCAGACGGUGUCGAGUUAUAACCAUUCUGACAUCACCGAAUGGAGCAGGGGUGUCGCAGCGCAAGCACACGUAGUCAAAAUGUCCAACACUGUCAAGAAUCUACGGGACAGUAUCAAGAGCAUCGUAUGGAUCCAUGUUAUUUCGGCUUAUGCGCUACUCAACGCGUUGACCUUGCAAACGCAAACGGAGAUAGGGAUCAUCAUCCAAAACCUCCUUCAGCAUAACAACUUCCUUUAUGGAAAUAUCAAUGUGGGAGGACAACUUGUAAGAGUGCCCUUUGGGCACCCCACAGUACGGGACUUCAUAAGGCACCUACUGUUUCAUGAUCCCAAUUAUCAGCGCUAUACCAGUGGUCCCACAAGAAACAUAUGA